UCGCCACAAUUUUGCUAAAACCACAAAAGAAACUGUCAAGUUGUUGCUUGGCUUGGUUGAUUGGAGUCUGCCAACCUGCAAGUUCCUCUAUCUGCCACUGGCAAGCUAGCUGCGUGCUGUGCGGUCAAGUGCCAAGAUAAUACUGCUAUCGAACUGAACCAAGUUGAUACCAUCUAUCUCGUCCAUCUUUCUGUGUGUGUGCGUGUCCGCUCAUUCUGGUCCAUGAUUGAUCGACGGUAAUACAUAGCAUGGACCUGAAGAAUUUAUUAGUAUGGUGGAUUCACUUUCUCCUCGGCUUUUUCGGGUGGAUCACCGGAUGGGAGACGUUUCCAGAGGAGAUUGGAUUUGGGAACAAGGAUCCGUUCAAUGUUUCGGGUGGAUUCUGUGAGAAUGUAAGAGAUUCCAUGGCACGGUUAUCACCCAAAGGUAGCUUUGAUGGUCAGAUCCUCAUCCCCUCGGAUGGUCAUGAGUUUGGCAAGGCGCGAGAGCAGUACGCAUCAGUGACGUUUGCUCAGGAGCUCAGCCCGAGUGUCAUUGCUCUUGUUCAGUCAGAGGGUGAUGUACAAGCAGCAGUAAGAUUUGCCACAAAGUGCAACUUCAGCGUGAGCAUCCGAUCUGGUGGACACUCUUAUCUUGGCACAUCAUCUUGUGACUCUGGUAAAGGAGCCUGCAUUCAAAUCGACGUAACAGGGAUCAAUCAUCAAGUUCUUCUGCCAGGUCAAGUCAAGUUGGGACCUGGUAAUCGGCUCAAGGCUGCGUCAGAAUUCCUCAAACAAAAUGGAAGAUUCUUGCCUACUGGAGAGUGCCCAGGGGUUGCGUUGGGUGGUCAUAUGCAAACAGGAGGAGUUGGCUUGUUCACAAGGCAUUUUGGACCUUUUGUCAAUCGAGUCGAGUCCUUUAGGAUUGUGCUGGCCGAUGGAGCUUUGCACAACAUUGUGACACCAACCGAUGAAACAACUCAGCUCAACGACGAUAUCUUUUAUGCCGUCCUUGGAGGUGCUUCUGGAUCAUGGGGCGUGGUGACUGAGAUGACUUUGAACACCAUCAAUGAUGCAGACUACUUUUCUGUGUACUGGAAACUGGCCUAUUGGUGGGAUACUGAUGAAGAUACUGACGGCAUUUCCAAUAUGAUGCGGACUUGGGCCAAGUUGGCCCACGAAAGACAGCAUGACUGGCGAUGGUCGUCACAUUGGAGUGUUGUGGGUGCCAAGAACGUACCAGGCCUGGGGAAUCGAAUCCAGAUGGAAGGCUCCUGGGUUGUACCAAUAGAACAAAAAGAUGACUAUGAUUUUGACUUCUUUCAGGCCAUUGAUGAUGCAUGUAUCAAUUGCAAUCGGUUCCGCUAUAUCAACGUAACAGAGCCAUUGUCCCAGAUUUGGCGUCAUCGAUAUUUGAGAACUCUCAUCAACAAGGGUACAGGGCGUGAAUUUCCCGUACCAUACACGCGAUCAAUGCAGCAAACAGAAUCCUUCCCGGACCCAGAUGGGAUGGAAGGCAUCACAAGAGCCAUUGGCAAACUGUUGCCUUCUCGGUUCAGCCCCCAUUUCAUCAUCAGCCAACUCGUUACAUUGCGCGGAGCAGAGCCAAAUCGUGCAUUGCCGUGGCCAAAAGAUCUACUGGGAAUCACGCUGGAUUACUUUUACGUCCCGCCGAGUGAUUGGGUAGUCGACCACAACCAAAGAGCACUGGACUUUGGAAAGGAGCUAAGAGAUCAUCUACACGAUCAAGACCAUCGAAUGUACUGGGCUGCUUAUGAUUCACCUUCCCUGGACAGAGACUGGCCCAAGUAUUUCGAGAGUGAAGACAAGUACAGGCGGCUGCAGGUUAUCAAGGGACGCUAUGAUCCUCAAAAUGUGUUUCAAAACGAAAUGUCAAUACCUCUACCGAAACGAAAAGAGAUUGGAGAGUUGGCUGGUAAUCAGACAAACACAGCAACGGAAAGGAGAAAUCGAGAACAGGUGCCCGGAUCGGAGCACCUGCAACAACAACGACGACGGUCAACGUCAAGUGAUUCACAAGAGUGUUUGCUGCAUUCGCCACCAGGAGCGUGCCUCGUCAACGAGGAAGCACUGAUGUCGUAAGCGCCGCUCAUUCCUUCUUUCUAUUUCCAUUGGGGGAGCACACGUUACCUAAGCGUGCAUUUUUCUUCUCGUCGGUCCACUUCAUAUCAUAGACUUGGUCAAGAUAGACGCGUUGGGCUAUAACCUGUUCAUAAACAUAUUAUUUCUAUG